ACGCUUUAGCAUGGCGUAUUUGUUUGUUUGCAGUGUAAAUGUAAAAACUUCGUUGUCCUUUCCUUCUCGCCCAACCGCGGUAAAAACCUGUCAGUAAAAAAAAAGAGAGGACCAUUUGAAAUGCAUUGCCGCCUUCCAACCAAGUAGCUAUCUCUCAGCUUCCGAGGAGGUGUUCUAAAACCUCUGCUCGAUAGAGUAGGGUUCUUCAAUCUCGAUCUUCCACCGAUCUUCCUUCCAGCAGUGGCGGCGCCUCGAUCGAAACCACCGGUAUGAUGAUAGAAUAGAAUCCAUUCAGCAUUGCCGAUAGAUAGAUCGGGAGUCCUGCCAUGGCGAAGCGCAUCGAUUCUUCGUCCGGCCCCUGUUCUUGGAGGAGCAAUAGCUCGAGCUAGAUCCAAUGCCGGCGGCGGUCUUCACCAUUUUCAAGCUAUGGCCGAGGAGGAGGAAGAAGAAGGAAACCCCUGUCCCGGAUCGAAAGAUCUCAUGGUCUUCGCACAGGGCGCUCGAUUACUGGAGCUCCACUUUCUCCACCUGGGACGACGAGCUCCAAUUCCUCCAGCAGCUCCCACCACCACCGAUCGUGAGGCUGCCACCAAUUGUCGACACCAUCUUCACGCUCAAGGAGAUGCUGCUCGCCACCGCAAACUUUAGCUCCGACAACCUCCUCGGCGAGGGAGGAUUCGGGAGAGUCUAUCGAGGAGUCCUCAAAAACGGCCAGAUCGUUGCCGUGAAGCAAAUGGAGCCAUCGCUGAGCAAAGGCGUCCAAGGCGAGAGAGAGUUCCGCGUCGAGGUGGACAUCCUGAGCCGCCUCGAUCACUCCCAUCUUGUCAAGCUCAUCGGCUACUGCGCGGACAAAGGCCAGAGAAUGCUCGUCUACGAGUUCAUGCCCCACGGCAAUCUCCAAGAGCAUCUCCACGGGAUCGUCAGAGUGAAGAUGGACUGGAGAACUCGCGUCUCCAUAGCUCGCGGAGCCGCGACUGCCCUCGAGUACUUGCACAAUGGCCCUGCCACCGGAAAUCCAGUCAUCCACCGGGACUUCAAGUCGAGCAACAUCCUCCUGGAUGAUAAGUUCCAAGCAAAGGUGUCGGACUUUGGCCUGGCGAAGCUGGUGCCUUACGGCAACCAAACGUACGUGAGCACCCGAGUCCUCGGAACUUUCGGCUACUUUGAUCCCCAGUACACAGCAACCGGAAGACUGACGCUCAAAAGCGACGUCUAUGCCUUCGGAGUCGUCAUGCUGGAGCUGCUAACCGGGCGCAGACCUGUUAAUGCCACCUACACCUUGCGGAAGCAAAACCUUGUCACCCAGGUCAGGGACUGGCUGCGAGAGAAACGAAAGCUGAAGAAGAUCCUGGACCCGGAACUUCGAGCAGAGCUACCGUGGCAAUGGGACUCCAUCAGAAGGUUUGCCAGCCUCGCCUUUGACUGCAUCAGAGACGAUGAUACCCGUCGUCCAACCAUGUCCCAGUGUGCCCGAGAGCUAGAGCUUCUCCACCUGUCGCUAACGCUGUACAGUAGAUCCUCCAGAACGUAAAAUAAACGAAAAACGUCGAUGGUCUCGUCA